UUCCUGAUGCUGGGCCUGCUGGCGGGGCUGCUCUCUGCCUUCACCCUCCUCGUCCUGUUCAGCGGCUCCAGCUUCGACUCUGUGCUCCCCCUCAUGGUCUCUGCCAUGGGCAGCUUCAGCGCAGGUUUCUGUGUCCUGGUUGGGAUGGCCGUGUUCACCAGCGACCUGAACAGCUUCAUCAAGUUCAUGUGGCCCCACAUGUCCUUCGGCUGGUCUGUCGGCGUGGGCUGGGUCUCCGUCCCCGUCUUCCUGCUGACAGGAGGGGUGACGCUGCUGGCCCAGGAAUCCAACUGAAUCUGAGCAUGGGGCCUGCGCUACCCCGAGGUGCCAGGGCCUAGUGGAGCCUGCAUUGUUGGGGGACUGAUUUCCGCAGUCCCCCAGAGCAGGGAGUGGGG